CCAUUGAGGAGCAGCAGCCAUGGCUCUGCGCACCCCAUGGCCAUGGGCCUCAACAAGGGCCACAAGGUGACCAAGAACGUGUGCAAGCCGAGGCACAGCCACCGCCGCGGGCGCCUCACCAAGCACACCGAAUUCGUGCGGGACAUGAUCCAAGAGGUGUGUGGCUUUGCCCCCUAUGAGUGGCGAGCCAUGGAGCUGCUCAAGGUCUCUAAGGACAAGAGGGCCCUGAAAUUCAUCAAGAAAAGGGUGGGGAUAUACAUCGGCACCAAGAGGAAGAGAGAGGAGCUGAGCAAUGUCCUUGCAGCCAGGAGGAAGGCAGCAGCCAAGGACUGA